UGGGUGGCCGACCCCGGUGGGCAUGACUGCCAGCUCAGCCAAUGGACGGGGCAGAGCGAGCGCCUGUGUAAACAAACCCAGCGCCGAGGGUUCCCCCACGUGGGCCCGACGCCCGUCGCCCAAUGCACAGCCAGAAACUGCGUCGCGUCCUGUCAGCCAGUCAGAGACGAGGCUCCCCGCAAGCAGGCGUUCCAUCCUGAGAAAGCUGAAAGACAGACGUUAAAACCAAUCUGACUCUAGAGCUUCUAAGGGAGUGGGCGGGCACUGCUUAGCAUUGAGACCAAUAGAAAGCACAAAUGUCCUCGCAGCCUCCUGAGCGGCAUCCUUCUUGGCCCAAUAAAUGGAUGGGGCGGUGCCCGGCAACCAAUGGCUUGGGUUCGGGGGCGGGGUAAGGAGCCAGUUUGCAUUAAGAGGCACCCAGGCGAGUGCUUCUGGCGGUUGUCCGGCGCUGUGGCUCACGUUUGGGUGCGAGAGGCCGACCCUGUGCGAGCGCCGGCGACCUCUGCGGCGGGCGGUGACGGAGUGCGCUCUGGGAAGAGUGGCAGCCGACGAUCUGAAGGAGGGACUUGUGCCCAAAGGUGAACGCGAGGGGCGCAGGAGAACUGGAGAGAGUCCGGCCGGAUACCCUGAUCUGGAAGCUGUACAAGGUUGUAUCAUAAUGAAUGGGUCCAGUAUGGCAAAUACAUCACCCAAUGUAAAAUCCAAAGAGGAUCAGGAAUUAAAUGGGCAUGACGAGAAGGAAAACCCAUUUGCAGAGUACAUGUGGAUGGAGAAUGAAGAGGAUUUCAAUAGACAGGUGGAAGAGGAAUUGCAAGAACAAGACUUUUUGGAUCGCUGCUUCCAGGAGAUGCUGGAUGAAGAAGACCAAGACUGGUUCAUUCCAUCCCGAGACCUGCCCCAGGCCAUGGGACAGCUGCAACAGCAGCUCAACGGGUUGUCAGUCAGCGAUGACUGUGACUCUGAAGAUAUCUUGAGUAAAAGCAACCUGAAUCCAGAUGCCAAGGAGUUCAUUCCGGGAGUGAAGUACUGAGGCGGCAGAGUGAAUGCUGGAGGAGCACUUGUCUGUCCCGCCUCCGGGGGCAGCACUGGAGACUAAGGGUGGGUGGGCAAGGGGUGUGUGGCCAGGGGAAUCGCAUGACCGCUCAGCACGGUUGUGUGGGGUUGGGCAUCUGCCCUGCUCAGUCUUACUCUACGCACCUCGGAGCAGUUCUCUUUGUUCUACUGACUUUGAUUUGGAGCAGUUUCAUGGUUUUUCUAAAAUGUUUUUUUUUUAAACUUAAGCUCAUUUGUGUUAAGGAAAUUGCAGUCUUUGUUCAUCAGGAAUGUUCUGCUGCGUAUGUGUAAGCAAAAUUAGCUGACCAAGAAAAACUGAAUGUUUAAGCAAUGCCCUCCUCUCACCUCUGUCUACAUACCAGGGGCAGUGGACACCUGGAGGGCUACCUGUGGAGCCUGACCAGUAGGCAGCAAAGAGGGCAAGGGGACGAAACAGAUGAUGCAAGCCAUGCCAGCAGGCUCGGCACCCUGGGCCCUGGGAUCUCCCACCAUGAAUUGGAAUUGCCACUGACCCCACACAGUGCGUGAGAAAACAGAGUAGUUAACUUACAGGAGCUCUGAAGGUGGCUGGUGGAAGGAGCGGCCAUGAUAGUGAUGCGCAGUAAUUCCUUUAGUUACUGUUGACCUUUGCUGAAGCCUGUUUUUCCAGCCGCCAUCAGGCUCAUCAUUUAAAAGGCAAAAGCACACAGGCUCCUUUGCUGGCUCUUCCUGUCUGCACUCCACCUCGGCCCUACUCUGCUUUUAGGAUGUUUUUACCACAGGCAUACAAAAGGUCUGCCGUCCUGGCCACCAACUGGAACCUAGAAAGGCAUCCUUUCUCUUGGUAGUUGCAUCUUAAAUUUAUUUGGACCAUG